CCGCUCCGCCCUCUCGCCGCACCAAUAGCCAAUCCACGCACACCCGCUCCCGUUCCGUAAUCUCAGCCUCCGUCCUGAUCCGAUCCCCAAAUCCCUCGCCUCGCCGCGCUCGCCGUCGACCUCGUUCUCUCCGGCACCAAAUCCUACCUCCGGUGAGGCCGACCCACAAGCAGGGCGUGACAGCGCCCUCUCGUCGUAUCUCCCGCCGCCCCUCCUCUCCGCCCGCCGUCGUCCCCGGUCGCCGGAACCCGACAAGUUGGAUAUCUAGGCGGCACCGCAGCGUUGCGGCGCCCACCGCGCGGACAGGAUGUCUGCGGCGCCAGCCGCGUACCCCACCAGCCUCCGCGCCGUCGCGUCCGGGAACUCCGAGGCCUCCUUCUUCCCCUGCUCGCACCGCCUCAAGCUCUCCUCCUCGCAUCGUUUUAGUAGUAGUAGUAUUGGUAAUCGUAGUAAUUGCCUCUGACGUUUGCCUCCCCCUCGUUGCCCACGACCUUCGGUUCGAUCUGCUCCUUGUGCUCGUCCUGAGGAUUGUCUGGUUGUGAGGGCUCUGUGUUACAUCUCUGCCUUUUGUGUUCGCGCGGGUUUGGUGUCUGUGUCUGUGUUCGAUCACCAGGUCCGAUCCAGAGCGAUUUGGCCUGUUGGAGGUUGUGAUUGCUGUCUCUCCGAGGAAAGAGGAAGUUCUCUUCUGAACUUCGGAUUUAGCUUGUGGAUGGGCGGACCUUUGGUAGACUGCAGUGCUGAAGGUGUGAGCAGCAGCUCAUGUCUCAGCCGCAGCACCUGUGGAAAAGCAGGUUUUGAGCACAGCUCUUGUGCUCUCCCUGAAGAUGAAAAGUUUGAAGCUGGAAUAGCAUGUGUGAAAGAUGAUUUGGUUGUCAAGGAAAUCAGUUUGGCUCUUGCUGAGGUGAUGCGUGUCUAUAAUGACAAUGAUGAUGAAGAGACAGAUCUGAGUGAAGACUCUGACGAAAAUGGGGAUUCACUUUCUAUAGAAUCAGAUUCGGCUGAUGAUUUGGUUGAUAUUGACACUGAAGUGGUCACAUCGUCAGCCUUCACUGCUGGGAAUGCGUCUGAAUCAUCAACUGGAAAUUCAGAGAAUGGAAAUUCCUCAACCACUGGGACUCAACUGUUGGUUUCCGCAAUGAAAGGAAGCCGUGCAAAGCGGGGAAUUGUGACAAAGUUGAGUGUUUCAUGGGCCCCUGACGUAUAUGAUCCUCCUGUUACUUCUGACUCACACACAGUGGAGCCACACCAGAGAAGUUCAAGGAAGAGCCACUACAAAUACAAGCCCCCAAAGGGCGGCAGCGGCAGCAGCAGCCGCAGCAGCAGUGGCAGCAAAAAGGAAAAGAAGCAUUCUCACCACAGCAGCAGCAGCAGCAGCAAGAGAGAUAAGAAACCUUCCUACCGCAGUAGCAAUGGCGGCAGCAGCAGAACCGACACUAGUGAUCCUCAACAUCGGAAGGCAUAUGGCAGCAGCAUUACCAGCAGAACUGACACUAGUGUUCCUGAAUAUCACAAGUUAUCGCCGUGGCAGCCACUGGCUAGUGCCGCCGUGGAAGAAGCCAUGCCCCCCGUACCUGUACUGAAGGCCAUGGAACAGAUCAAACGCAGUUCCAGCUGCUGCAAGGAGCCGCCGAUAAGCAUGAAGGCCAUGGAACAGAUCAAGCGUAGCUCCAGCUGCUGCAAGGAGCCGCCGAUAAGCAUGCUAUCACGCCAAUUCGUGGCUGCCAAGUACAAAGGGAUGUUUUCCUUCUUGAGUCAGAACCAACUUGCUUCUUGAGCAUAUCGCGGAGACUCCUGCGCUAUUCACUGCCGUGCUUUUGGUUAUCAGCAAGGCUUUCAUGUUGGAUGGUGUUUGAUCUAUGAACUUUUGUUUGGACAUCAGUGGGCAUGGUUUUGAAAAUUCUUUGGUUGACGUAUGCACGAUCGUUGAGAUUAUUAACUGUCUUUCCUUAUUAUUAAAAUAAAAAACUGUUUUGCUCAUUUAUUUAUGUAAUAUAUAAGCAUGUUAUGUGUGUAAUUUGAGUAAUAAGCAUGUUAUGCGUGUGCAUUCUGUUUUA